GUUGACCACACCGUUACCCUGCUACACCGUUACCCUGUUACACCUCUACCCUGUUACACCUCUACCCUGUUACACCUCUACCCUGUUACACCUCUACCCUGUUACACCUCUACCCUGUUACACCUCUACCCUGUUACACCUCUACCCUGUUACACCUCUACCCUGUUACACCUCUACCCUGUUACACCUCUACCCUGUUACACCUCUACCCUGUUACACCUCUACCCUGUUACACCUCUACCAUGUUACACCUCUACCCUGAUACACCUCUACCCUGUUACACCGUUACCCUGUUACACCUCUACCCUGUUACACCUCUACCCUGUUACACCGUUACCCUGUUACACCUCUACCCUGUUACACCUCUACCCUGAUACACCGUUACCCUGUUACACCGUUACCCUGCUACACCGUUACCCUGAUACACCGUUACCCUGUUACACCUCUACCGUGUUACACCUCUACCCUGUUACACCUCUACCCUGUUACACCUCUACCCUGUUACACCUCUACCCUGUUACACCGUUACCCUGUUACACCUCUACCCUGUUACACCUCUACCCUGUUACACCUCUACCCUGUUACACCUCUACCCUGUUACACCUCUACCCUGAUACACCUCUACCCUGCUACACCUCCUACCCUGUUACACCUCACCCUGUUAACCUCUACCCUGAUACACCUCUACCCUGAUACACCUCUACCCUGCUACACCGUUACCCUGUUACACCUCUACCCUGAUACACCUCUACCCUGAUACACCUCUACCCUGCUACACCGUUACCCUGUUACACCUCUACCCUGAUACACCUCUACCCUGCUACACCUCUACCCUGAUACACCUCUACCCUGUUACACCGUUACCCUGUUACACCUCUACCUGUUACACCUCUACCCUGAUACACCUCUACCCUGCUUACCACCGUUACCCUGUUACACCUCUACCCUGAUACACCUUACCCCUGUUACACCCUCUACCCCUGUUACACCUCUCCCCGUUACACCUUACCCUGUUACACUCUAACCUGUUAACACUCUAACUGUUAACCCUCUACCCUGUUACAACCUCUACCCUUUAAAUACCCCUUUACCUGUUACACCUUACCUGUUACAUACACCUCUACCCUGAUAACCUCUACCGUUACACCUCUACCCUGAUACCCCUCUACCUGUUACAACACCUCUACCAGUUACAACUCUACCCUAAUACACCUUACCUGUUACCCCUCUACCCUGAUACCCCCUCUACCCUGAUACACCUCUACCCUGUUACACCUCUACCUGUUACCCCUCUACCCUGAUACACCUCUCCCCUGAUUAACCGUUACCUGUUACACCUCUACCUGAUACACCUUACCCUGUUACCCCUCUACCCUGUUACACCUUACCCUGAAAACACCGUUACCUUUUACACCUCUACCCUGUUACACCUCUCCCACUGUUACACCUCUCCCUGUUACCCCUUUUCUAACCCUGCCUACCCUGAUACACCUUACCUGUUUAACCUCUACCCUGCUACACCGUUACCCUGCUACACCGUUACCCUGCUACACCUCUACCCUGUUACACCUCUACCCUGCUACACCUCUACCCUGAUACACCUCUACCCUGUUACACCUCUACCCUGUUACACCUCUACCCUGCUACACCUCUACCCUGAUACACCUCUACCCUGUUACACCUCUACCCUGAUACACCUCUACCCUGCUACACCUCUACCCUGCUACACCGUUACCCUGCUACACCGUUACCCUGCUACACCUCUACCCUGUUACACCUCUACCCUGUUACACCUCUACCCUGUUACACCUCUACCCUGUUACACCUCUACCCUGCUACAUCGUUACCCUGUUACACCUCUACCCUGAUACACCGUUACCCUGCUACAUCGUUACCCUGUUACACCUCUACCCUGAUACACCGUUACCCUGCUACAUCGUUACCCUGUUACACCAUCUACCCUGUUUACACCGACCAGUUACACCUCUACCCUGUUACACCUCUACCCUGUUACAUCGUUACCCUGUUACACCUCUACCCUGCUACAUCGUUACCCUGUUACACCUCUACCCUGAUACACCUCUACCCUGCUACAUCGUUACCCUGUUACACCUCUACCCUGUUACACCUCUACCCUGUUACACCUCUACCC